GCUUGUUGGGCCCACCGGUCAGCCACUAGGCCACCGCCCACAGACAGACCCGUCAGAAAACCUCUCCCUCCGGCGAUGUACGGCGACACCGAGCCGGCCGCCGCCGCCGCCGCGGAGCGCACGGCGUUCCGGCGAGCCGAGAAGCAGUACAAGCUCUACAAGCCGCUGAAGCCCAAGGGCGGGAGGGCAAGGAGCAAGCCAGGAGGCGGCGGCGGCGGCGGAGGAUUGGAGGACCUGUCCGCGGUGGUCGACUUCCACGCGCUGCUCGCUGCCGCCGGCGGCGGCGGGGGGGAGCUGCCCGCCGGGAUCGGGAGGCGCGACGUCGCCGGGUUCGACCUCUUCUGCUUCUUGGACCGACCUGGAUUCUAUUUCAUACCUGGUGCUCUAUCUAUUGAGGAACAAUGCUAUUGGAUCAGGGAAAGCUUGAAAACCUUCCCACAGCCUCCUAAUAGAACUAACCUGACAGCUUUGUAUGGUCCAAUUUUUGACUUACUCACUGCUGCCAAAAGUGGAAAGAUUUUAGUCGAAGUGGGAAAUCCCAAUGACCAAGAAAGAUCCGAGCAGAACAGUGAUGGAAGAAAAUCCAAUAGCUUCAAAUUUCUUGAAGACACAGAGAUACACAAGGGGGAGGUAUGCAGGUCAACUGCAGCAACUACCCUUGUUCGGAAACUCCGAUGGAGUACCCUUGGUCUGCAAUUUGAUUGGUCAAAACGCAACUAUGAUGUAUCACUUCCACAUAACAAGAUUCCAGACCUCCUAUCUGCUCUUGCAAAAAAGAUGGCCAUUCCAGCCAUGCCAUCUGGAGAGGAAUUCAAGCCAGAGGCCGCCAUAGUGAACUAUUAUGGCCCAAGUGACAUGCUUGGUGGCCACGUUGAUGACAUGGAAGCAGAUUGGAGUAAACCUAUUGUAAGCAUAAGUUUGGGGUGCAAGUGCAUUUUUCUUCUUGGAGGCAAAACGAGAGAUGAAGUUCCAACAGCAAUGUUUCUGCGAAGUGGUGAUAUCGUAUUGAUGGCUGGGGAGGCACGGGAAUGCUUCCAUGGUGUUCCACGAAUCUUCACAGGAAGUGAUCAGGCAGAAAUCUCUGCGCUGGUUCCGCAGCUAUCUGCUGAAGAUGACUCUUUUAUCUUAAACUACAUUCAAAAUUCAAGGAUAAAUAUCAACAUCAGACAAGUCUACUGAUCAGUCAAUUCUUUUGUUACAGUUAAGAGAAUGUGUUGUAAAAUGCUGCCUUUCUGCUGCCUCCCCAGAUCAACUCACAUAGUGCGAUAGUCUGAUUGAUUGCCUCUGGAGUUGGAGUAGACCGGUUGUGGAAAGAUAGGAAAGUUUUGGAUCCAUUUUACAGUUUAAUCCCUUAUGUCCAAACUAACCAUGAAAAAGAUUCUUUGACCAUCAAAAGGGUCUCUUAGGACAAGUUGUUUGUUUGAUCACUGAUUACCCUGGAGCAGGCUUUACUAAUGGAUUGGCCAAUGUGACCUGUCUCAACUCCAGCUUGAUGUUUCCCUCAGAUUUUUCCUGCUAAUGCAAGACAUUUGCAAGUUA